AUGAAGACAGAACCAAUGAUUUUCAUAGGAUAUCCAGACAAUCAGAAAGGUUAUCGUCUGAUGAAUCCAAAGACGGGUGAAGUGACAACUGCGAGAGACGUAAAAUUUUUAGAGAAUGUGUUUCUUCAGAAAGACAAUGUCAAGAAGUCGUCAGAAGUCGUCAUUAACCUGGAUACGGACUCUGAUAGUCAGACCUGUUUAUUAAAUGGAUCCACGAGUGUUCCUGAAGUAUCGGAAGCGCACGAGAAUGAGUUUGUUGACGCUGUAGACGAGAACAUAGAAGGACCUGAACCUGAUGUACCUGAGCAUGUGCACGUACCUGAUGAGGUGGUUAGUGACCACCUCAUCAGGUACGUGCAUGGCGAAGUGAUAAUACCUGGCCUAUCAGAAAGGAGGUAUCCUCAGAGAGAACGCAGACAAGCUGAUCGGUACGGUUGCAAUGUCAUGUAUGCCAAAGAGAGCAAUCUUGAUGGAGAUCCUGUCACCAUAGAGGAAGCACUGGCGAGACCGGACAGCGAAUUAUGGCAGAAAGCUAUAGAUGAUGAACUUACGUCACUUAAGGAGAACCAGACCUGGACGUUAGUGGAUCUACCAGCUGAUAAGAAGCCAAUCCAAUGCAAAUGGGUGUUCAAGAUCAAGAAAGAUAGCGACGGCAAGGUAACGAAGUACAAGGCUAGACUCGUAGCGAAAGGGUUCACACAGGUAUGUGGUGUAGAUUAUACGGAGACCUACUCUCCGGUAGUUAGAAGCUCUACUCUACGAUUAUUGUUCUCGCUAGCUGCUGAAUACGAUUGGUUUAUUGACCAAUGGGAUGUCACGACUGCAUUUUUAUACGGGAAGAUAAAAGAGGAUAUUUACAUGCUUCAGCCGAAAGGAGCAGUCGCCAAAGGUCAAGAAACCAAGGAAAAGCAAAGAUUAAAAUCAGGUUUGCUUGACAAGUUUAAGGUGAAGGAUUUAGGCGCGGCUAGACAUGUUUUAGGCAUGAGACUGAGACGAGAGAAGGGACUUAUCCAUCUCGAUCAGGAACAGUUUAUUUUGGACUGCUUGAGGGACUUUAACAUGACAGAAGCUAAGCCGGCACGUGUACUAAAGCAGUGUGCGCCUGAGUUGUCUCCUGUACUGACACGCCUGUACCGCCUCUCUCUCCAAACAAGAACGGUGCCGAAAUCCUGGAAGCUUGCAAACGUGCAGCCAGUACCCAAGAAGGGUAGUCGUGCUGAUCCCUGCAAUUACCGACCAAUCGCCAUUACCUCCAUGCUCUGUAAAGUCAUGGAAAGGGUACUUAACGGCAAACUGCUGGCAUACCUCGAAGCAAAUGAUCUGCUCAGUGACCGUCAAUAUGGCUUUCGCAUAGGUCGGUCUACUGGGGAUCUUUUAGCGCAUGUCACGCACUACUGCGGCGAGGCCAUCGAGAGGAACGGUGAAGCGCUUGCUGUUUCACUGGACAUCUCGAAGGCCUUUGACAGGGUUUGGCACGCAAGUCUCCUUAGCAAGCUUCCUGCUUACGGCAUCCCUGCUGAUUUUUGUAGCUGGCUAUCUGAUUUCUUGAGUGAACGGUCGAUCAGAGUAGUUAUUGAUGGCUGCUCUUCGGACCUCAUGGCCAUUGACGCCGGUGUUCCUCAGGGGUCUGUUCUCUCCGCAACCCUUUUCCUGCUCCACAUUAACGACAUGCUGCAACCCAGCAUUGUAGGUUAUGCAGAUGACAGUACGGUUGUUGAGAGAUAUUUGGCUAGUGCAGGGGACAGCAGGGAGGAUAUACGUUCACAGAGAGAGGCCAUGGUUGAGCGAAUGAACUUGACCCUUAGUCUCGUUUCCCAGUGGGGUGAUGACAAUCUGGUCACGUUCAAUGCCUCCAAAACGCAGGCGUGUCUAUUUUCCGCUAAACGGAGUCCAUUCGACCUGACUCCUUCUUUCCGGGGUGCAUCUGUACCUAUUGCCGACAGCCUGGAACUCCUCGGCAUGGAGCUGAGUUCAGUCCUCGGCUUCGGCAGCUUCAUUGAGUCUAAAGCACAAACUGCGGCCAGAAAGCUGGGCGUCCUAAAUAAGGUGAAGCGAUACUUCACACCUGGACAGCUUCUAACACUUUACAAAGCUCAAGUCCGGUCGUGUAUGGAGUAUUGCAGCCACCUGUGGGAUGGCUCAGCUAAAUACCAACUCGCCGCUUUGGACUCAGUGGAGCGCAGAGCCAGGAGGAUGAUUGGCGACAAGAAGCUAACGGCUAAGCUUCAGACUUUGGCCCAUCGGCGGAAAGUCGCCAGCCUGUCGGUAUUCUACAGGUUGCACUUCGGGGAGUGUGCCCAAGAGCUACACGAGCUCAUUCCACCGUCCCCAUUCUACCAGCCAUGUGUGCGUCGUGCUGAAGUUGCGUUGCGACGAAGAUAA